CAGUCGUACCAAGAGAUGCGACCGAGAAGCAUCGAGACUUCCUGCCAUACCAUGUCAUUUCCUUCCGGGAAGCUACUGGAAGUUCAUCUGGAUCAUCCUCCUUGAUGGGAAAUGUGUGAAAAGUGCAGUUUUUCGUGGAAAAUAUGUGUAAAAAUGAGCUUUUCCCCAUGAAGUUAUAUCAGUGGUAUACAGUGGGACCACUAUGAGUGGUAUUAGUAAUCCGGAGAAGUCCCACUUGCCAUUCCAUGUAAGAUACAGAUGACCGUUAAAAAAUUCAAAUUUGACACACGCACACACUGACACACACUAAACGCCAGCAGCGCCCUCGCCAUUUGCUUUUUCCGUGUGGAUGCGUUGCCGCUUUCGCGUUAAAUAUUUUUAUACCCCAAUUUUCCAAAUUUUUCCGUCUUGUGAAAAUACAGAAAAGUGGACAAUAUCGUACAUAAGUGUGCAGUGAAGACAUUCACUUAAAUUUUAUCUUUCGAUUGCCCGUGAAUUGGGUGUUUUAGAGGUGAGAAAGGUGCCCCUAUUUGGCAGUUCUCAUUGCCACUGACGUCCAUCACUUUUUCUCGGAGACUUCGCAUCAAUUUGGGGCCACUUUCCCCACAUACCGCUGCAUCUUCUCAAUCUCAAAUCUGUUCCUGCUGCCAGGAAUCUCUCGAAGGAAAUUUUCGAGAUUUCUCACUCAUUUUCCUGGCAUUUUUUGGGGGAAUUCCUGCAGACAAAAAAGUUGCAUCAGCUGAAGGUGUCCGGAUGUUUGCUGCAGGAAAUUUUCAAGGCGUGUUUUCUCCUCCUCCGCAGGAUCUUUUAGCAUAGCACCAGACAAUGGCACAAUAUUUCUUUGUGCAAAAUGCCGAUGAGAAUGAAUGCUUCUAUUCGGGCAUUAGGGUAGUGAACAUAUCGGAUGACUUGCAAAUCCAACCGCAAUCACGGCUAAUCCUCGCAGAGCCUACAGUGAUUGCGGAAAAUCAAAUGCAGUAUGUCUACCAACAGAGGCCAAAUACUCAGCAAGUUGCCCAACCACAGCAGACGCAAUACGUCCUCCAGGAGGAUGACAUUGUUACGGAUUCCUUCACAUCGCAUCAGAUUUACGUAUCAACGGAUGGAUCGGGGAAUAUUCAGCGGCAACUGCAACACACGGGGUUAGUGCAACAGAGUCCCGAGCCACAGGCACAGCAGGUAAUCAUCCAGCAACCCCAGACGAAUCGUGUUAUCCUACAGUCGUCACCCACUCAACCGGUGAUCGUCCAUCAGCCCACAGUUCAAGCUCAGAAUCCCGUGGUGCUGAAUAAUCGUGCCCCGCAGCAGAGUCCAAUGCAGCAGCAACAGCGUAUAAUCUACGACUCCACGCGACAGGCUCCCGUGUACACGAUUACGACGCCACAGCCGCAGAUUCAGGCACAGCCGCGGCCAAUGCAGCAGAAUAUCAUUGUGCGCCAGCAGGCACCACAGAUGCAGCGCCAGCAGAUACGUAUGCAGCAAUCCACGCUGACGUAUCAGCGCGCCCAGACGCCGACUACGGUGAUUCAGAAUCGUGCUACAGUGGCACAAACGCGAGCUUCUCUCUCUCAACCACGACACACCGCAACCACACCCGUGAGACAUCGCUAUAGGGCCCCAACGACAGUAGCCACGCCUCGUGCACAAGUUGCAGCACCACGUGUGACACGUCCUGUACGCUAUGCGUCCGUGACAACACCACAGCAACCUCGUCCGCCGCGUGUGCUCAAUUCCGGUCUUAUACGAAUGUCACAGCCGGAACAGCGUCAAGCCAGCUUCUCCGGCAGUAUUCCCACCACCACGAGGAUGCUCACGCCACUCGGGAAGGUCAAUCGCACCUACCCGAAUAUCCAGCAGAAGCCCCAAACUGCGGUGGCAACUCAACCAAGCACGACGAGUAAACUUGAGGUGAGGAAUAUUGUGCCAACGUCACAGUCCUCAAAUGACCCAAACGGUGAUCUCGAGGAGAGUAUAACAGCCUCAAUUCUCGAGAAGAGUCAAAUAACCGUUAAUCAUACUGAGGAAUCAACAACAAGUGAUGAGCAGUUCUCAAGUCAGGAGAGCACAUACAGUAGCGUCUCAAAUGGCUCAUCAAUUGAUCUAAAACAACGGAAAGUCAUGAAGGCAGGCGAAGCUGUUCGUGGUGGACGUGGUCGUGGUCAGGUGGCGCAGCGUCCAGCCGUGAAGAGGCCGGUGAAUCAGUCGGUGCAGGAUCUCUUUAACAGCAUGUCAACGGAUGUGGAGCAAACGAACCAGCAGCAACAGCAGCAGCAGCAGCAGCAGCAGCAGCAGCAGAUGCUACUGACACAGAGUAGUCCGGAAUGUGAGACGCGAGAGAGUGCCAAAAUGCUUGUAAUUUUGCAGUGUGGCGAACAAAGGCUAAUCACGUUCACAUUGCCGAAGGAAUCGUGUACGGUGCAGGAAUUGCUUGAGCAAGUUGGUGUACCUUUUACACCAGACACGAAUAUUCAGUGUGUUUCAAAUCCGGGAGCUAAUAUUGACUACGUGGUGACUGUGGGGGAUCCGGUACAGGAUAAUGUAUCCAAUGAGAUUGUUAUGCGAACGGAAAAUAAUGUGGAGCAGUUGCAGCAGCAAUUUCAACAACCAGUGCAGCAGCAGCAACAGCAGCAUAUUCAACAGCAGCAGCAGCAACCAACAAUGCAACCACCGCUGCAGCAGCAACAACAGCGAUCACCCAUUCGCCCGCAACAGGGUCAAUUUGUCACAUCAACACCAAUCUCACAGCGGCAACAGAGCUUCGGAGCUGCAACACAGCAGCCACAAUUGACACCUAUUAAGGCGGCUCCACCCCCAACGCCAGAACCACCGCCAGAGCCUCCAAAACCCCCAGCUGUGGAACGAAAGAUAAUCCAAGGAUGGCUUGCUUUGUGUAGCAAUUGUGGCUUCUGUGGCAUCGAUCAUGCCAAAUGUGAGCGUUGUCAUCACAUUCUCGGUGAUACAUAUAAGCGGAUCCCAUGUAGUCAGCCGAAGCCAACGCCAACGACUCAGUCAGCCCCAAUUAGAACACAAAUCCCUGCUUUGGCUCUUCCGACGCAAUCAAAGAUACAGAAGCAAUUUGUACGGAUUGCCAAAGAACCCAUAGCGAUGCAGAAAAAGGUGGAAUUGGUGCCAAAGAGGCCAGUUCCGGAAUUAACGCGCACCAUCUCAUCAUCUUCUUCACUCUCAAACAACUCCAUGAACUCCUCCGCAACAUCCUCCACCACGUCCGCCAUACCCAAAAACACCACUAUGCCCGUGCUAAAGGUCACAGAGAGUAGUUCAGCUGCAAAAGCCCGUACAGCAGCUGUACGCAAUAGGACGCGUGCAACAAAAACGGAAGAACCCAUUAUUCUUACUCUCAGCAGUGACGAUGAGGAAGAGACGCCUAAACCCAAGCCUAAGCCCAAGAAGUCGGUUUCUACUAAGACGGAAGAAAUAAAAGCUCUCGCCUGUGAGCCUGCGAUUCCUGAAAUGGAGAGCCCAAUUAAAGGCAAUGAGAGAUUGUGCAUUACAGACUUAACAGAUGUUCCUGACAAGCUCCUUACAUCCAUACAAUGUAGAACGAUAAGAAUUGGUACGCUGCACUACGAGCCAAAGGAGCAGGUGAUUUUUUCAUCACGAGGAGUACGAAUAAUUGCCCCGAAUGUCAGAAAUGCCAAGGAAAAUAUAAUCCUAGAUGUGCAGAUCAAGGAAAUUGUAAAGAUUAUAGCACAUUUUGGUAAAAUGCUGCCCAUUCUCUUCAUCUAUACAUCCCCCAGUUGUGCAGAAUACAUUCGGAAUAGCCUAGAUAUGGCAUCAAGUGCCUCAAAAGGCCCGUACUUUGAUCCAUGUACACAUAAACACGAAGCUGUGCGCAGAAUAACAAUUCUUGCAGAAGUAAUAACGGAUGAAACAAAAUCAGUCAUUAAGUCGCUAUAUAGUGUUACGGAAUUGGAGGAGAUCUCCUAUAAGGAUGCCAGUGAGCUUUACAAGCGGUCCACAAUGAAGAUUGAUCAAAUGGCAAACACAUCAAGUGCAUCAGCUGAUGAGGGUGGAAGCGGGAAUUCCGACGAUGUUCAUCAGAUUCUCAUCUAUCCGCAAGGCAAAGGAGGGAUUUCCAUCAAUACGGAAGACUACAAGUGCUUAGCCAUCGACCAAUAUCUCAAUGAUGUGAUUAUUGAUUUCUAUCUCAACUAUCUGCGGUUGUCGGUCUUCACGGAAGAGCAACGUGACAAGACGCACAUCUUUAGUUCAUUUUUCUACAAACGCCUCACGGCAAUGUCAACGCGGCAGCGACAAAUGGAAAAGGAUCUCAAGAUGACGGCAUCGCAGAAGAGGCAUCAUCGUGUCAAAGGGUGGACAAAGAGUGUCAAUCUCUUCGAUAAAGAAUUCAUCAUAAUUCCUAUAAAUGAACAAAGUCAUUGGUUCCUCGCUAUUAUUUGCUUUCCCGGCCUAAAGGGCCCCCAAACGUACGAUGGAGGGAUUCCCGUGAAAGUGGCCCCAACGCCCAAGAAACGUGCCUCAAAGGAUGGCGAACGGAAAGUAUCGGUGACCAUUGGGAAUACAACAAUCACGCCACUCACGAAGAAGGAAGAAGCAAUUUUCCUUAAUGAUGAUUCAGCGAGCGAACGUGAUGAGGCAGAAGCUGAUGAGAGUGACAUGGAGAGUGAAGAGAGUGAACCAGAAGUUGAGCCAGGCCAUCAAGCGAUCAAGCAGCCGUGCAUCUUAAUUUUCGACUCCCUGGCUGGAGGCUACCGGAGUCGCGUGGUGGCUACCCUUCGGGAUUAUCUGACGUGUGAGUACAAGGCAAAGGUGUGUCCCACGUCGGUGCAUACGUUCAAUAAGACAAAUAUGCCGGGACACACGGUAAAGGUGCCACAACAGAACAAUUUCACAGACUGUGGCCUGUACUUGCUGCAGUACGUUGAGGAGUUCUUCAGUAAUCCCAUUCGAGACUACAGAUUACCCGUGAAGCAAAUACAAAAUUGGUUCACAACACUUGCCGUGACGAAGAAACGUGAAGAUAUUUCGAAUUUACUUAAGGACCUCGUCAAGGAGAUGCACCCUGAGCGUUUGGAUUUGCUGCCGGACAUCACUUUUCCCACCCAGGAUGGUAAACUAAUUGAAACUGAAGAGAAUUUCGAGGAGGCGGCCGAAUUUGAGGAAGAGGAGUUAGACGAUCCUAAUUACGAAAUGGAUGAUGAGGAUCUAACGGAAGAGGAAUCACCCGAGAAGAAAAAUGGGAAGAAACUACUCAAGAGAUCCUUUGAAAAAACUGAUAAAAGUUCACCGGAUAAGAAGAUAGCUCGUACGAAUUAAGGAACAAUUUUAGGAAUCUAAUGGAAAAUAACAAAAUCAAUCUUUAAAAUUCAAA